UUUCUAAAUGUUCUCUGUUCUCUUGAUGUGUUCAGGCGUGAGUCAGAGAGGAGGAACCAUUCGUUGGCCCGCCACGCAGACAUCCUGGCUGCUGUGGAAACGCGCCUCUCUCUGCUCAACAUGACCUUCAUGAAGUAUGUCGACUCCAACCUGUGCUGCUUCAUCCCCGGAAAGGUGAUAGACGAAAUCUACCGCGUGCUGCGCUAUGUGAACUCCACUAGGGCCCCCCAGCGGGCUCACGAGGUCCUCCAGGAGCUGAGGGACAUCUCCUCCAUGGCCAUGGAGUACUUUGACGAGAAGAUCGUCCCAAUCCUGAAGAAGAAGCUACCUGGGACCGAUCUGUCUGGACGGCUCAUCGGUUCCGCACCAGUGGCUGGGCCCUCCACCUCUCUGACCACCAUGUCGCUGCUGGCCAAGAACACGCCGUCCCGCUCCGAGAUGACCAAGGUGCAGCAGCAGGUGAAGGUGAACGGGGCGUCCAUGACAGCACUGCGGCGGGAACUGCAGGAGGUGCGGGUGAAGCAGCUGGAGCAGCAGAAGCAGCUGCAGGACCAGGAGCAGAAGCUGCUGGAGCAGAGCCAGGUGAUGGGCGAGCAGAAUGCCCGGCUGGCUGAGCUGGAGCACAAGCUGCGCGAACUCAUGGACAGCAGCGCCGCUGCCGCCAUGGGGGAGGCCCGGUCCUCCGCGCCUGCCGCCACCGGCGCAUCCGCGCCAAUGCUGGCGAGCAGCGGUGCAUCAGUGGCCGCAGUGCAUGGCGGCGCGGAGGGCGAGGGCACUUCAUCGCUGAAACGCAGCAGAAAGAGCUCAGACCUUCCACGACAAUCCAAACGGCUGCGCAGCAGGAAGUGACUCGCUGCCUCGUGUAAGUGUUGUAGCCAGUUUCCUGUUUUGACUGACCACACUCUGUAUCCAGUGCCCCACGUCCGCUUCCCCCCCCACUCACCUUGCAUCACUUGCGCCAUCUCACUCAUGCCACGAUGUGGACGCGCUCCAGCCGUGUCGCACUCUUCACCAGUGUUCUGAAGCUCACCGACAUCAAUAGACGCAUGACCGAAGACAGGCCAGGACAACGUGGACAUGGUCAACAUUAGGAUGUCUCCCAGAGAAUUGGUCAGACCAGCUGGUGGUCAGCAGGCUGCAAGACAAUACCCAAAUGCCGCACCAAUACUCCUCCUUUUCACCCAGAGAACCAGAACCCCGUUUGCCAGGAGAACCCCGUUCACCAGGAGAACUCUGCAGGUGUGCGUGGACUUUUCAGGCCCUGUCCUCAUUAUUUGUUCAGUCAGGUCCACUUCCUCCUGUGGACAGCCAGUAUGAGUACUCCUAACCACCAGUCGACACUGUCAAUUAGGUUCUAAUCGACAGUGCUAGAAGCUCCGCCACCUACUGGUGUGAUCCAGUCAGCGCACCCAGUAUGAGAACUCCUAACCACCAGGAUGUCCCUCAGCGUGUUGAAGACGUCGGCCCACUCAAUUCACGUCUCUUCUAACGUUCAUUUCCCUCUAGAGGGCGCUACUGAAGGUUGAGGUAGCUUGUUUGAGAUUUCUGUUAAAGCAGAGAUUGCUCAGAUUUUUUUUUGUAUUAUUAUUAUUAUUAUUAUUAUUACAUUUUUUAAUGAAGUAACAUUUCAGCAUUAUUCCAGUUUCACACCAUGUGACCCUCGGCUGCAGCUUGAUGUGAGACGACCUCAGAAGCUCCUUCAUUGCCCAAACUCUCCAGUCUUUGCAGAUAAAUCCCAUAAUUCAUAGUCCAGCUUCCUUCGCUCUAGGGACAAGCUGGUAACCAUGCCAAUGUUUUAGGUUUUCUAAAGCCACUAAAAAGUUCCUGCAAGUGAAUCUCCAGAGAGAGAACCACACUGAUCAGAGUCCUGUCCAGCUCAGUGAGGGCAUAAAGCGGCCCCUCCCCAACAUAUUGCUGGCUGACAGUUGAAUUACCAACUGGAAAUAGUUCUGUUCCUGGGGGGAAAGAGGGAAAUGGAGUGCCACCUGUCUUUCUUAAGGUAACAGUUCUUAAACUACAGCUAACAAGCUGUUGAAGAUGAGAAAUCUACAUUUUUAUUUAUAAUCCUACGUUAUCGAUUGGAUUAUUAACAACUGCAAUAAUAAAUGGAUCCUUUUGACAGCAGCAGGAAUAAAAUGAUGCUGUCUGUGGUCCUCAUGGCGUUGGGUAAAAUCAUGUUUUAGAUUUCUGUUAGAAAUACAAUAUCAUCCGCCUACUAUGAUCCAUAUCUGGCAUGUUCAGCUCACCCACCUCAGUUGGUGUCAUGUGUGUAACGUGUCCGAAGGGUUUAAACCCAGUUUUAAAGCUAAUACGUGAAACUGAAGGAUAUCAUGAAGGUUCGGUUUGGCCCUGAGGCUCACCCAGAGGAAGAAACUGAUGUUGACAUCAUCAUGCAGCCUGAGCACCGCCCAACACAACCGGCUUCCAUUUAAAGGUCAGGUGUCCGUUCUCCUUUAAAUUCCUGGGGGGGAAAAAAGAUUCAAGCUUUCCGAUUCUUUCCAUUAAGAAACCACACAAAAAUACAAUCUAGUAGAAAGCAGCCCACGGUAGACCCUAAGGAGCAUGUUUAUGCUCAUACUUUCCCUUCCAGUCCUAGUGAAAACAGAAGCUGUGAGUGGUUUGCAGUGAUGACGGAGGAGCUACAGGUGCUCAUGGUGAGCAAGGUCUCUCUGCUGCUCUCCUGUACAAACUCUCCUCCUACCUGGAGCUCCUAGCUUAGCUGUGAAGUCAUCGUGUGGCUACUUUUUUCUUUCUUUUGAAGCGUUUCUGUUGUUUGGACAAGCCGAACCACUCAUGGCAUGACUCUUUGGAAAUGCACUUGUGUGUAUAAUAGUAACACUGGGCUGCAGAACAUGCAAUGUAAUCUAGUGGCUUAUAAUGAGAGAACUUGUACUGUAAUCUCCAUGUACUUUAAGAUGUAGAUUGUCAAUGAUUUCAUGUUUGUAAACAAAGAAACUUAUCUUUUAAGUUGGCCAGUUUGGGCCUGACUAUGAAGUUUUGUUGCACAUAUUACUGUUACGAUGUAUAAACCAAACCUAUUAAAUCUCUACAGCUGUUCAGCUCA